GUAGACCCGUUCGAAGCAACACGCGGCCGCGGGCUGCUGCUGCAGGUGGCAACUGGCGAGGGAAAAACCGAACUGCUUGCCGGUGUGGCCACCGUGCUCGGCUUGGUGUUUUUGAAGAAGAUUGACAUCAUGACCAGCAGUCAGGUCCUGGCGGUCCGCGAUGUGGAAAAGAACCGUAGUCUUUUUGACGCCUUCGCCUUGCGCACGCGCGACAACACGCACAAAGCCGGGGAGCCGAAGACCGGGGCGCGCAGCUGCUACAAGGAGGGCGAAGUCCUGUUCGGCGAUCCCUCAGAUUUCAUGUUCGACGCCUUAAAGUCCGAGUGGUACGCCGAGGGCACCACGGGCACCCGCUACGGCGCCAAGUACGCGGCCAACGUCGGGGAGGGCAGCAAGGACCGCAGUCAAUCGGCGCGCGAGUUCUACGAGCAGCACGGUGAGCACUUCCCGAACGCCGCGGAGAAGCUGUACCUGGAAGAAGGCUUCCUCGUGCUCCCGCGGCUGCGCCGCAAGUUCAAGCUGUACAUGGACCACAUUUUGAAACAGCAGGUGAAUGUCUACACGCACCUCAACGAGGGCCGAGGGCGGGAAUUCAAGCCGCCCGAUUCUGCGGAAGUGUAUCUGGACAAGCAGGUAAAGUCCGGGGAGUACGUGAAUCCGGAUGCCGUCCUGUCUGCGCUGGUGCAUCUUUCCCGCGGGCGCGGCGAGACGGGAAAAGGCCGCCGCCGGGAGCUGGACUUGGAUCCCUUUCAGAAGGUGGGCCCACCGGGAAGCAAAAAGUUUAACGAAGCGAGUUUCCAACAGGUCCUCGACGAGCCAGAGAAGAUUUUCGAACAGACACAGAAAGACUUCGCCACGGCGCUCGCGCGGAAGCGGGUGGCCGUCGCGAUGGGGCGUUUGGAUUUUGGAUUUGACAACGUUGCUUUAGCCGACGAAGUGGACAUGAUGUUGGUGAACGACCUGUCCCGUACCGCCAAAGUCGCGACGCCGUUCCCGGGUGCGGAGUUUCUAGAGCCGAUUUACCACGUGCUGAAACUCGAAAUGGACAAGUUUCAGACGCGCGUGCUCCCACUGACCACGACGAACGCCAGCGGCGCGAGAGUGCGGAAACACAUCCUGAUGUUCGGCGACGUGCUGCGGCGCUUCCAGGACGAGAAGGACCCUGAGAUCGAGGCAAUCGAGUUCCAGGCGGUAGCGAAGCACGGCCAGCCGGUCACCAUGCGGGUGCCCGAUCUGUUGGCGCAGGUUGCCAAGCCCGGAAAUACGGUCGGCGCGGACAUGUCACCCGAGCCAGGAGCGCAGAGCAAGGACAACGCGUUGGAAGAGUACCUGCUCCGCUUUCUGGAGCGCGCGAUCGAGUGGCGCUCCGAAGAUAUCCAGGCCGAGACCGCGGCGAAAGAGGGGGCGGAGAAACAGGAGCUCGCGCAGCUCCUGGCAAAGUUGCAAGAUGUUGGACUCUCCGAGGAAGACCGCAUGAUGAAGCGAUGGUACGAAGAGCAAGGCUUAGAAUGGUCCCCGGGAGUAGAUGAGAGCAAGACCGAGGAUGACGAUGUUGUUGAUAUGAACGUUGACGAGGAUGGAAAUACUACUAGAAAUCCAAGCGGUUCCGGUAGUUCUAAGCCGAAGCUGCGAAAAGUUGCGGUCGAAGACAAAGAGGAUUUGUUGUUUCGGAAGACACCCGUCGAGCCUAAAUUGCUGGACGAGCUUCCCUUCCUAAGCAGCGGUUGGGGACCGGUUCUGGAUGCAGAGUUCCGGAAAGAGCAGGAACGCGUUGAGAAAGACCGUUUGCAGGCGGCGAAAAACCGCGAGAAAGGACUCACAUCCGUGCACGGGGCCAGCCUCGUCCGCAUUCCGAAGCACUGGGAGCGACAUGUUAAAGAUACUCUCCCGCGGCUGGUGAAAUCCGCGCUGCUAGCGUAUUUCACGUUUCAGGAAAACGUGGACUUCAUCAUCCAGCACGAGCGCAUCAAGCCGGUGUCGGGCGCGACCGGGAUAACUCAAGAGUCGCUGCACUGGUCGGAUGGCAUCCAUCAAAUCCUGGAGGUGAUGCACGGGCUGCCGGUCACCCCCGAGUCGCUACCAACAAACUUUCUGUCCAAUUACGCGUUCUUCCGGCGUUAUCGCUACGUGUACGGUGUCACGGGCACACUGGGCUCCGCCGCAGUGCGCAACUCCUUGCAGACUUCCUACCAACUGCAGAGCCGCAUCAUGCCCUUCUCGCGUCGGAAGCAGUUCCUCCCCUACGCGCCAGAGUUGAUUUCUCCUGAAGUAGUCCGGAUGGUCUCGUCGCAGAGCCGCAACGCCUUGACGGCAGCUUUGCCGGCUCCCGGGGACGACGACGAAGGCUCGCAACAAAAGCACAACGAGGACGAAUCGUCGGACGAGCUGGUGAAGCAGACGCAAUUUUCCUCCCAAGAAGCCGAAGCGCUGACCGGACUGCUGACGCAGCGGGACCGGUGGGUCACGCGUGUGGUUAACAAUGUGAUCACCGAGCUUCAGCGGGAUCGCGGUGUUUUGUGCAUCUGUCAGAACAUCGAGGCGGCAGAGCUGAUCGCGAAGGCGUUGAAGCAGCAGUGGGAUCCGGAUCGGGUGCACGAGUACAUGCGGCAGAGUAACGCGGACGUGGGGAGCGGCGAAAUGGAGCCCUUCCAGAGGGGCAUGGUGAUCGUCUCGACGAACCUGGCCGGUCGGGGCACGGACUACGACACCACGGCGAUUGAAAAGUACGGCGGCCUGCACGUGGAGCUCACCUUUCUGGCGGAGUCGCGGGAGGAGGCGCAGGCGCUGGGGCGCACCGCGCGACAAGGGAAAAAGGGGACCGGCCGGACCACGGCCAUGCUGGGAGGCAGCUUCCAGGAGCAGGACGUGUUUGACGCGAGCGCCGGCACUGACGCUUUUGUCACUGGUCUGGUGAACAGCCGCCGUGCGCACAACCAGCAACUCGGCGGCGGCGGUGCGAAAAGUACUGCUGAAAGCGACAUUCUGUCCAGGGACCUCACGACCAUUUUCGAUGAACUUACUAGCAGCUUGGCUUCGUUGCAAGAAAAAUUGCGGAAACUGAAUAAAUCAGAAGAUCAAUCAGCGGCCGCUCCGUUCUCGCUGUACCACGGUGCCCGAGGACUGUUGAGCACGCAUGAAGGAACCGCGUUAGUGCCAGCUUCUGCAACUGACCAAAGAACCGCUCCGGAUGUUGUUGGUCUUUCCAGCACCAAUGCACUUGCGAAUAUGGUUGCUGGGUGCGUGCUGACAGCUUACAUGGACCACCACCAGAAGAGUGGCUUGCCCAAAAAUUCUCCUGGUGCGCCACAACCUCCAGCGUCUUCUGCUAGUAGAGCAGCUACAACGGCGGUGCUUACAGUGGACCCUUCGGCAUUCGGUAAAAUCGCAACGAUGAACGAGAACCUAUUCCUGUCGCUCGUUUCUCACCAGCGCAAGCAGGAGUUGCACGGGCGAGCGUGCCGGGUGAACCCGAAGAAGUGCCUGGAGCGCCACCAUGCCCGCGCGGAAGCCAGUGAGAAGCAGCGUUUCGAUGAUUUCGAGCAGAAGGAGCUGGUGACCAUCAAGACGCAGGAUCUGCUGUACAGCACGUUUCUGUUCGAGUAUCAGACCUUCCGUUCAAAACUGGCACAAGCCUUCGACCUGAAGUCGAAAUCUGGCGUAUUGUGAGGAAAAAUCCCCCCUCCCCAUACCAAACCGGGACACUUCUGAAAAUUUGUGAUGCAGAUUUGAGACCACAAAUCGUCGCUGUAUUGCAUGAAGGCAAGUCUACAGGCUCCGCCACAUUCUACAGGCGGUUUGUCAUGCUGUUGCUCCUACAGCGUAGACGUCAGCCAUGCUAAGUGCCUAGGCCAAAACUUGUCUACUCAGGCCUGAUCUGGGCCUGCAGUCCUCGCCAACAAGACAAAUCUGAUCUGUGGCCUCAAAUACAGCAUCACAAAUUUCGUUUUCGAUAUGGGGAGGGGGGAUUUUUCCUUACGAUAUGGCGGAGCGCAAGCUGGACACUAUUUCCAGAAGGCCGUCAAGGGGCUCGCGGGCGCCGGCGUUGGGGGACUCCUCGGGUUCGGGGUCCUCGCGAUGGUUCUUGGAAUCGCUGCCGCCCCCUUUGCGGUAGCCGGCGCAAUGACUGCGGCCGCCGGCUCGGCGAUUUUCGGCAUCGCUGUCGCAGGCGGUGUCGCAGCCGGUGCGUACGGGGCGUACUACGGAUCCACGCAGUUGCACAGCACCGACCCGACCGAGAAGAUUCGCGAGUUUAACACGCUGCAGGCCAUCGCGGAGCGCUGGGCCCUGUUCCUG